UCUUUUCCCAUCUCUACCCAUCUAAUCAGGUUCGAGAUUUACAACCGAAGGAAAAAAUGGUCUCCCACCACACGUCUCUUCAAUCCAGCAUGGCCACUAUCGACCUCGAUCGGCAUGAAGACGAGGAUGUUUACUACGCCGAGCUCAAGAGGCAGAUCCUCGAGCUAACGGCUGAGGAAGACCAGGACGAGGGUUCUCUCGAGACCAGGCACGUCGCGAGAGCUUAUAAUGAUGCGAUGAAGGCCAGUCCUUCGGCUUGUGCGAAGGGUUUGGGCCAUUUUAAUUCGUGGGAGAAGAGGAACCCCGAUUCUUCCGUUCCGAGUUGCAUUUGGAGCUCGUGGCAGAAGAGCAACGGAACCGGUGUUUUCAUUCCUAACAUCGUCAAGUCAAGAACAAGGCAUGCGUCGGAUCAGAGCGCAAGCUACGAGAGGAAAAAAAUUUACAGGCAAGUGGAUCAGAGCGAGAACAGCAAGUACCUGUCGGCUACUUGGAGGUCUAAAAGAGAGAUGAGGUUGUCCAGUUAAAAUCAUGAUUGAUGGAGGAUCAAGGUCCAUGGAACGAACUGUAGGAUACAGACCAAGGUUAAGUGUGAUAUGAGUAUGCUUGCUGCAAAUUCAAGUUUGGCCGUAGAAUAAUCAAACGACGGGCUAAGUGGGGCUCGUGCCUGACUUCCGAUCUGCAACACGGAAGAUAAAGCUGUUAGAUGAUGACGCGGAUGUAUUCGAGCAGUAUUGAUUAUGGUUCUGUUUGAUCUGAUGUCCGAAAAGCUAGGGCAAAUUUUAUUGUGUCGCUUGCUUGCUGUUGGGGCAGUCUCCAUGCAGGGGAGCCUAAUCAUAUACCUCGUUCAUAAAUAUUGUUCUUUUCGCAAAUAAUAAUGUAUAUAGUUUGACGGGUAUCACAUGUCGGUCCAUUUAUGUCAAUUUUUCUUUC